UUGGUUAUGAAAUUAUACUUAAAUAAAAUAUUCUUUACUUUCAUAAAUUAUAAUUUUCUGGGGUGCUCAACAUUUUUGACAAUAAGAACAGAAUAAGAUCGUAUUGCUAAUCUAAGCUCAAAAUAAGAAGUUCCUUAAAAAAGUUCACCCCCACCAAAAACAAUUGAAAUGGUGGUGGGGAAGAUCGACUUGGGAUGGCUUACUACUAUCAAUAAGAAGUUCAUUCUCUACUAUUUCUACAUCCUCCUCUUUAUUGGUUCCUUUCUUCUCGCUCGACGUUUCGAUCACAUUUUGCCAUCAAUUGCAAUCCCAACAUACAGCAAAUCUCCAGAUUUAAGCAAUAGCAAUACCCAAAACACCACAAAAGUCUCACUUAAAAUCACCCAGAAAAAUGGCACACAAUUCCCCCUUAUUUGUCCCCAAACAAACACAAACCAAACAUGCCUUAGCAACAAUUACCCAACCACAAUGGAAGUUGACGAAGCGGAGAUCAUAUCAUCCUCGAUCGAAACGUGCCCGAGUUACUUCCGAUGGAUCCACGAAGAUUUGAACCCUUGGAAGAAGAACCCCAAAGGGAUAACAAAGGAAAUGGUAGAAUCUGGAAAAAGUUUAGCAAAUUUCAGGCUAAUAAUAUUGGAUGGAAGGGUUUAUGUUGAAAAGUACAAAAGAGGUCACCAAACAAGAGAUAAGUUCACAAUAUGGGGGAUUCUGCAACUUGUAAGAUUGUAUCCUGGAAAAUUGCCUGAUUUGGAUUUAAUGUUUGAGUUAGAUGAUAAACCAGUGAUUAAGAAGAGUGAUUAUGAUGAAGCUGGUGCAGUUAAUUCAAGUCCUCCUGUUCCUAUGUUUCACUACUAUGGGGAUGAUCUGCAUUUUGAUAUUCCCUUUCCAGAUUGGUCUUUUUGGGGUUGGCAUGAGAAAAACAUAAAGCCCUGGGAGAAUCAAUUAAAGGAAAUAGAGGAAGGCAACCAAAAGGUAAAAUGGACAAAAAGAGUUCCCCAUGCUUAUUGGAAAGGCACUUCAUCCAUGGGAACUAGAAGAAACCUUCUUAGGUGUAAUUCUACCCGAUGGAAGGCUGACAUUUAUGAACAGGAAGUUGAACAAGGCUCAAAACAAUCAAAUAUGGCAGAUCAAUGCACCCACAGGUACAAGAUAUACAUGGAAGGAAAAGGAUGGUCAAGGAGUGAGAAGUACAUCCAAGCUUGUGAUUCAAUGUUACUAAUAAUCCAACCACAAUACUAUGAGUUUUUUACCAGAAGUUUACUGCCAUUAAAGCAUUAUUGGCCUAUUAAUCCUUCCAAAUUAUGUGAUUCCAUCAAAUUUGCAGUCAACUGGGGAAACAAACAUCCGGACAAGGCACAAGAGAUUGCAAAGGGUGGAAGCAAAUUCAUAAAGGAGGAGCUAAGAAUGAAAUACGUAUACGAUUACAUGUUCCAUUUGUUAAAUGAAUACGGAAAGCUCAUGAAAUACAAGCCAACUAUUCCUCCAAAAGCUGUACAAGUAUGUUCAGAAACAAUGGCUUGCAAAGCUUCAGGAAAAGAAAAGCAGUGGAAAUUAAAUUCCCUAGUAAAAGCUCCUUCCCAAACAAGCCCUUGCACUAUACCUCCACCUUAUGAUACUCAUCAUCUUCACAAAUAUCUUAAUACUAAAGAAGAGAUUUUAAGGGAUGUCGAGGGUUUGAGUAGAGUAGGCUAGCUCAUCUAUUAUAUUUUACUUGUUAGAUUCAGUAUUUUUUGUCCCAAUUUGUAUAUAAGCACCUUUUUUCGAGGGUAAUUAUUGGUUGCGAAUUAGUUUUGUAACUACAUAUAUAUGUAAGAAAUAAGUGGUUUAUUUGAUAUCUGAUUCAGAAAGUGGAUCACUAAA